AGAAUCACCAAAAAACCUCAACGAGCCACAAAAUCCCAAACCUGAUUUCUCAACAACAACUGUUCCCCAUGCUUGUUGAUUUCUUGAUCUUUAUUCACAAUUUGUUUAUUUUUUUCUCUCUCUCACCAUCAACAAAUCAAUUAGAAUAUCAAUUAACAAUUUGAUAUUCUAUUCUUUUUCACUUAGAGAAUAAUUUGAUUAGUUUUAUCUAAAAGGUUUUCUAUUCAAACCGAUUCUGUGCGCCUUUGGUUUUCUUCACAUGUGAGAUCAUUUGUUUUCCUGGUAAAUUCAAUUUUCUAGUCAUUGGCUUUUUGUUUUUCCUCCAUUUUGUUUACUUUUUUGUUCUUCUCUUAAUCAUUAUCCUUGUGAUUAAUAAUCUCACCAUCAUCAUCAUCAUCAACAACAGCAUCAUCUUCAAUUGGCAAAUCUACACAUUAACCCAAGUGAUUGUAUCUGUUUGAUUAUUUUUUGUUCAUCUCAAAAUCAUUAGUAAUUUAUAGUUACAACAACAUUAGCUCAAUAACCCAAGGGUUUUGUUUUUGUCACAACAACAACAACAAUGGAAGAAGAGGAUUCAAGUAACCUGAUUGAAAGGAAAACUCAAGACUUUGAUGAUUAUCCUUUACCAUGUGAUAGGAUUAUUUCUGAAUUACCUUCAGUUACUCAAAGAUAUUAUGAGCCUCGUUUCUAUGUACCCAAAUUAACCAGAAAAGUGCCAGUUGAAUGUCACAUUGGUCAUCAAAUUGUCCUUUUUCAUAACAAUAGGAUUGGAGUGGUUACUUUAGCUCCUAAUCAUCCGUUAAUUACCAAUGAUAGUGAAAUAGAAUCACUUGAUUUCCAAGUAACAGACAAAACAAAUAGAUUGGACAACAAAGUCUCCGGUAAAUGGAAAAAAGGUGGACAAAGGGUGGACCAAAAUUCAUUGCUUUGUGUUGCUUCAUGUGAAGACGGUUCUUCUUAUGCGAUAUUUUCGUGUAUGAGAGGAACACUCAUUGAAAUUAACGAGAAAUUAUUCACCGAUCCAAACAUUUUACGGAAAAAGCCAUGGUCGGAGGGCUACGUCGCCAUUAUAUUCCCGUUCGCGAAAACAUUCAAAAUAGAGAAGGACAAUCUCAUGUCUUGGGCUGAUUACAAAAUUUUCCAAUCACAAGCAAAUCAAAUUGAAGAGGACGAAGACGUUAAACAAGAAGUUAAAAGUGAUACAACAAAUUAAAUCGAGCUCAUUUGUAUUCCGAUUGCUUUUAAUUAUCAUCAAAACCAUAUCCUGAUCACGUUAAUCAGUUUGAUCUCACUGAUUUUAAUUUAUUCUUUUGUAAAUUACUAGACAAUUUUUGAGAACUUAACAAAUACAUUUGUCAUUCUUAUUGGUAAA